GGGGAGGGAGAAACAUUGUCUUGUUUACUAAAGGUGUUGCUGUUGUGCAAGAAAAGAAAGAAAAGUUCUCUUUCUGCGUUUAUAUAACUUUGCCAUCCCGUUAUUUAACGGUGAUUCACCUUCGCCUCUCUUCCCUCCCCGGGAACCUGCCGUUGCGUCAACGAUAUCAUCGUCAGCUAAUUCCGGGCACCUGAGACAUCAUGGCAAACAACGCCCAGCGCCCAAAGCCAAAGCUACCGGCUCAGCAGCUGGCUAUCCUGGCCGUUGCCCGGUUCGCCGAGCCCUUGGCCAUGACCUCCGUGUAUCCAUACCUGCCGGAAAUGAUAGCCAGUUUCGGGGUCGAGAAAAAGGACGUUGCGAAAUGGGCUGGCGCCACCAGUGCCGUCUUCUCCGUCGCACAGAGCCUCACGGCGGUACCGUGGGGACGAGCGUCCGAUAAGUUCGGCAGGAAACCGAUCAUCAUGACCGGUCUAUUCUGCACCAUGUGCUUCUUCUUGGCAUGGGGUGUGUCUACGAGUCUCAAGAUGGCUAUCAUCAUCCGUGGCCUUCAGGGCGCGUGUAAUGGAAACGUUGGUAUUAUAAGAACGAUGGUCGCCGAGAUGGUGCAGGAGAGGGAGCUCCAACCCAAAGCAUUUUCCGUCAUGCCUUUAGUCUGGAGCGUCGGAUCGGUAUUCGGCCCAGCAUUCGGCGGCCUCUUCGCGAAGCCCGCGGAACAGUUCCCCGGCCUCUUCGGCAACAGCUAUUUCUUCAACAAAUAUCCCUUCGCCUUACCUAACAUCAUAGGCGCCGUCGUUUUCCUCGUCUCCCUCUCGACAGCCAUGCUUUUCCUCAAAGAGACCCUGCACAGCAAGCAGCAUUCCCGAGACUGGGGCCUCAUCCUAGGCCAGCGCAUCACGGAGGCCUUCAAGGACCAUCCUUUCCGCCGCCAGCAGAAGCUCAGACGGUAUUCCAUCCAAGACGCCGAGGCCUCGGCACCGCUGUUACAGACUGACGGGACCUCCUCGCGGCCCGCCAGGCUUGAUCGCCGCGAGAAACCUGUUACCCCGAGCAUGUCCUCCGUGUUCACCCGCCAGACAGUGAUCAAUCUCGUCGGAUACACGUUUCUCGCGCUGCACUCCGUGGCCUUCGACCAAGUCCUCCCCGUAUUCCUCAACUACCCGCCGCAAGAGCACAACGCCGGCAACACAUCGCUCCCAUUCUUCUUCUCCGGCGGCUUCGGGCUGAACUCAGGCCGCAUCGGCACCAUCUUCACGCUGUACGGGAUCACGUCCGGCGUGAUCCAGUUCGUGCUCUUCCCGCCGUUAUGCGCGCGCUUCGGGGUCCUGCAGUGCUUCCGUGUCUGCGUCCUUGUGUUUCCAGUGAUAUACUUCCUCCUCCCUUUCACCGUGCUCAUCGACGACGUAACCACUCGCUACGCCGCGCUCCUCGUGCUGAUGAUCUGCAAGGCCUUCGCCGUCAUCAUCGGCUUCCCAUGUUCGACGAUCCUGCUGACCAACAGCGCCGCAAGCCUCAGCAUCCUCGGCACGCUGAACGGCUUCGCCACCACCUUCAGCGCGCUAGGUCGUGCCAGCGGCCCCGCGCUCGCGGGCCUCGCUUUCACCUGGGGCGUCAAGAAUAACAUGAUCGGAGCGCCCUGGUGGAUCCUCGGGUUUAUCGCGGCCGUGGGCUCGCUACCCGUGUGGAUGAUUGUGGAAGGCGACGGCCCAACCGCGGGUAGUUCAGAUUCGAGUGAUGCUGAGAGCACCGACGCGGAAGAAGCCGUUGUGUUUGACGACGAUGAUGAUAUAUCUGAUGAUCUUAUCACUGCGUCGCGCAGAGGAAGCGGUUGCGAGCAACAAGGCUUAUUGAAGAAAGGAACCGAGGAUACACGACGUACCUCCUAUGGAACAGUGCGGUAAAUGGAUAGAUACAUUUGUUCAUUGGUUACGGAUGAGGUGAUGUGCUUACGAAUUAUCGACGCGUGGAGAAAAGCUGAUUACGGUCUGGAGUCUGCAUAUCGCGUCAUUGUUACGGCGUUACGGACUACAAAAGCAACUUGCUGUUUUAUCUUUGGAGUUCUUUUCCAAAGGUCAGCCUGGGCUAUGAACCAGGCUCAUAAUGUUCACCUUAAUACCAUUGCUUAGACAUCUGGGUAACUACUAAAUCAAAAAUUCAUCAAGUAUAAUUAAU